AUGUUCUAUAGAGAAUUGCUAAGAAACUUUCGGAUGUUUGAGGGAGAAGUGGCAAUAGUUGACAAGUACCGGAUUGACUACACGAAGAAAGCGCUCCAAAAUCAGUCUGCUUAUUAUCUCCAAGAAGCUGAAUGGGUACAACAAAAUCAUAAGCCAUGUUUUGAAGAUCAAGUGAAUCUGACAUCCAUGUCCUCAGCCGUGCCAUUGCUAUCUGUGGGUAUGUUGGCUGGCAUGGGUGAGGCAAUAACGAAUGCAGCAUUCGAUUGGGUUGCCAGUAGGCCUGAUGCAGUCAUAGCCGGCGCAAGGAUUGGCCAUUUUCUGAAUGACAUCGCGGCAUAUAAACGCGGAAAGAACAGUGGGGACGUCGAGAGCUCUGUGGAGUGUUACAUCCAUGAGCAUGGAGUUACAGAUGAGCAAGCCUUCACAGUAAUCUAUUCACUCAUAGAGGAUGGGUGGAAAACCACGAAUCAGGCUCGCUUUGAUCACGGUGCACUACUCCCAGCAGUGCAGCGGGUUGUCAAUGCGGUUGUUAGCAUGCAACUCUACUACGACAAUGGAGGAGAUGCAUACACAUUCAACAUGCACAUUCAAGAGAUCGUCAACAAACUGUUUCUCGAGCCCAUUCCUAUGUAA